UUCCCUAUAAGUGGUCGCGGUGUUGUGAUUUUCUAAAUUUAUUUUUGCUGCUUCCUAAAAAUACAACCGCGAAAGUGCUGCUGCAUUUAUAAAUAGAUCAUUUCUCAGUGUGUCGACGAAAACCCCAAGUGCUGUGUGUGUGGAUUCAAUGAACAUUUUUCAAGAAACAGGAUAAUUAGACCCCCAAAAUGGCAGAAGCCGAAGGGGGCUCCGAGCAGGAUGAUGUUUCAUUCCUUCGAACGGAAGAUAUGGUAUGUCUUUCGUGUACUGCUACAGGAGAACGAGUCUGUCUAGCAGCUGAAGGUUUUGGUAACAGGCACUGCUUCCUGGAGAACAUUGCAGACAAAAAUAUACCACCAGACCUAUCACAGUGUGUGUUUGUUAUUGAACAAGCAUUGUCUGUACGAGCUCUACAAGAAUUGGUUACUGCUGCCGGAAAUGAAACUGGCCAGGAAAAUUUAGGAAAAGGCACAGGAUCUGGCCAUAGAACUUUGCUUUAUGGCAAUGCCAUUCUUCUUAGACACCAGAACAGUGAUAUGUACUUGGCUUGCCUGUCGACAAGUUCUAGCAACGAUAAACUGGCGUUCGACGUGGGUCUGCAAGAUCACAGUCAUGGCGAAGCUUGUUGGUGGACAGUCCAUCCUGCCAGUAAGCAAAGAUCUGAAGGUGAAAAGGUCAGAGUUGGCGACGAUUUGAUUUUAGUAUCAGUCGCUACAGAAAGAUACUUGCAUACGACAAAAGAGAACGAGAUCUCAAUAGUGAACGCGAGCUUCCACGUGACUCAUUGGUCGGUGCAACCUUACGGCACCGGCAUUUCUAGGAUGAAAUACGUCGGAUACGUGUUCGGAGGCGACGUGCUCAGGUUCUUCCACGGCGGUGACGAGUGCCUCACUAUUCCUUCCUCCUGGGAUCCAGAACCGGCGCACAACAUUGUGGUGUACGAGGGCGGCAGCGUGAUGUCGCAAGCGCGCUCCCUCUGGCGGCUCGAAUUGGCACGCACGAAGUGGGCAGGCGGUUUCAUCAACUGGUACCAUCCGAUGCGUAUCAGACAUCUCACCACCGGCCGCUACUUGGCUGUUAAUGAGAACAACGAACUCAUCCUUGUAACCAGGGAUGAGGCAAAUACGGCGAUCACAGCUUUCUGCCUUCGCCAAGAAAAAGACGAUCAGAAAAUUGUAUUGGAAGACAAGGACUUGGAGGUGAUCGGCACGCCGAUCAUUAAAUACGGCGAUUCUACUGUCAUCGUUCAACAUUCAGAAUCAAGCCUUUGGCUCACUUAUAAGGCGUACGAAACGAAAAAGAAAGGCGUCGGAAAGGUAGAGGAAAAACAAGCGGUGCUUCACGAAGAAGGUAAAAUGGAUGACGGGUUAGACUUUAGUAGAAGUCAGGAGGAGGAAUCAAGAACAGCGAGAGUAAUCAGGAAGUGCAGUUCUUUGUUCACGCAAUUCAUCAAGUAAGAGCUAAACGUGACCUUACGAAAACCCUCUUAUAUUUUGCCUACAUUAAGUUAACGUGUUCAUGCUGAGGAAUCUCCGCGUUUGCCAGCGAAACAUGGGAGAUUUACAUUUAUUUGAAUGUCGGAUGUCAAUUGAUAAAAAUGUUUUACGAUCCUUCUAGUGGCCUGGAACAACUUCAAAUGAAUCGUCGUCAUUCGCUGUUCUUCCAAUCCGUCAAUUUGAGCGAAAUGGUGAUGUGCUUGGAGGAUCUGAUCAACUAUUUUGCUCAGCCAGAAGAUGACAUGGAGCACGAAGAAAAACAGAACAGAUUAAGGGCGUUGAGAAACAGGCAAGACUUGUUUCAGGAGGAAGGCAUCCUUAAUUUAAUUUUGGAAGCCAUCGACAAAAUCAACGUGAUCACCUCGCAAGGCUUCCUGGCAGCCUUGGCCGGAGACCAAAACUGGGAGGCCAUUGGCGGAUAUCUAUAUCAACUUUUGGCUGCGAUAAUCAAAGGGAACCAUACAAAUUGCGCUCAGUUCGCAAACUCGAACCGGCUGAAUUGGUUGUUUUCUCGACUGGGCUCUCAGGCGUCCGGCGAGGGCACUGGAAUGUUGGACGUGUUGCAUUGCGUCCUCAUCGACUCUCCGGAGGCGUUAAAUAUGAUGAGGGACGAGCAUAUAAAAGUGAUAAUAUCCUUAUUGGAGAAGCACGGUCGCGACCCGAAGGUGUUGGAUGUGUUGUGUUCACUGUGCGUCGGAAACGGGGUCGCGGUGCGCAGUUCGCAGAAUAACAUCUGCGAUUAUUUGUUGCCUGGGAAAAAUUUGUUGCUGCAGACUCAGCUCGUCGACCACGUUGCCAGUGUACGGCCGAACAUUUUUGUGGGCAGAGUGGAAGGUAGCGCGAUCUAUCAAAAAUGGUAUUUUGAAGUGACGGUGGAUCACUUGGAACAAAUGACGCACAUGUUGCCGCAUCUACGCAUCGGCUGGGCCAACUCUAAAGGGUACAUACCUUAUCCAGGCGGUGGCGAAAAAUGGGGAGGCAACGGAGUCGGCGAUGAUCUGUAUUCGUACGGAUUCGAUGGCGCGUAUCUUUGGACAGGAGGCAGAAACACCAAGGUCGUCGCUAAUAACACCGAACCAUAUAUUAGGAAAUCUGAUGUGAUCGGAUGUGCCCUGGAUUUGACGAUACCGUUGAUCAGUUUCACCUUCAACGGUGCGCCUGUUAAAGGAACUUUUCGCACCUUCAACUUGGAUGGCAUGUUCUUCCCUGUCAUUAGCUGUUCCUCUAAAAUCAGUUGUCGAUUUUUAUUGGGCGGCGACCACGGCAAGCUAAAGUUCUCCCCGCCCGACGAGUUCUCUCCUCUGGUGGAAUCCCUGCUGCCCCAGCAAGUGCUGCUGUUGGAGCCGUGCUUCUACUUCGGCAACAUGGCCAAGAACGUUUUAGCCGGUCCUUUGUUCGUCGAGGACGACACCGCGUUCGUGCCGAAUCCGGUGGAUACUUCGAUGGUGACGCUGCCGCAGUACGUCGAAUCUAUCAGGGACAAACUGGCCGAGAACAUCCACGAAAUGUGGGCGAUGAACAAAAUAGAAGCGGGAUGGCAAUGGGGAGAAUACAGGGAUGAUAUGAGGCACGUUCAUCCCUGUUUGGUGCCUUUCGAUAAAUUGCCCGCUGCUGAGAAACGGUACGAUUCGCAGCUCGCCGUGCAGACUCUCAAGACGAUAAUAUCAUUGGGUUACUACAUAUCGAUGGACAAACCGCCAGCGCGCAUCAAAACCAUCCGAUUGCCGAACGAACCGUUCAUGCAACCGAACGGUUACAAACCGGCCCCGUUGGACUUGAGCGCCAUCACGUUGUCUGCCAAGUUGGAGGAACUUGUCGAUCAACUGGCUGAGAACACGCACAACCUCUGGGCCAAGGAGAGGAUCCAGCAAGCGUGGACGUACGGAUUGAACGAGGAUGCCGAAUUCCUGCGCAGCCCUCACCUGGUGCCUUACGCGAAAGUGGACGAGGCGAUCAAGAAGGCGAAUCGCGACACCGCCUCCGAAACCGUACGAACUCUCCUCGUGUACGGUUACAACUUGGACCCGCCUACCGGAGAGCAACAGGAGACGCUGCUCGCAGAGGCAAGCAAAUUAAGACAUCCCGCUUUCAGGACGUACAGAGCGGAAAAGAAUUACGCCGUGAGUUCUGGCAAGUGGUAUUUCGAAUUCGAGAUUCUCACCGCUGGACCGAUGAGAGUCGGUUGGGCAAAAGCCGACUGUGAUCCUGGCAGGAUGCUCGGAUCUGAUGAAAACACUUGGGCAUUCGAUGGCUUCAAUGAAGAAAAAGUGUACAGUAAUUCCGCCGAAUCAUUCGGAAGACAGUGGCAAGUCGGAGAUGUCGUUGGUGUUUUCCUUGAUCUAAUCGAUCAUACCAUAAGUUUCAGUUUGAACGGCGAACUGUUGAUGGACGCCUUGGGUGGCGAAACGACGUUCGCCGAUGUUCAAGGCGAUAAUUUCGUUCCCGCUUUCACGCUGGGCGUCGGACAGAAGGCGAAGCUCAUUUUCGGACAGGACGUCACGCAAUUGAAGUAUUUCACUAUGUGCGGAUUGCAGGAAGGAUACGAACCGUUCUGCGUGAACAUGAACAGAGCCGUAACUUACUGGUAUACAAAAGAUCAGCCGAUAUUCGAAAACACCGACGAUAUGGCAGAUACGAAAAUCGACGUGACGAGAAUUCUGCCCGGCUCCGAAACACCGCCGUGUCUUAAAAUCAGCCACAACACCUUCGAAACGAUGGAAAAAGCUAAUUGGGAAUUCUUAAGGCUCAGUUUGCCUGUCAUUUGUCAUUCGGAGUUCAUCACCGAAGAAGACAAGAUGCGCCGUUGGAACGAGAUCAAGAUCCGUCAGCACCGUUUGCGAGCGGAAGUGACGGAAGGAGGAGGUGGUCCGCCCGCUCACAUCGAGAACAUCAUGAAGAGCGGCUUCUCGAUGUCCGACAUCAAAGGACUGCAUAGGAACUAUUCGGAGGACGCAGUGGAAGCGGACGAGGCGCAGAGACAACAACAGCAGCAGCAACACCAACAACAGACGCUGCAGCCGACGAAGUCGGUCAGGAUGCCCGCUAGGCCGCCAAGGAAAGGAUCGCUAUCAAGGAACACCAACGGAUACGACGAUCACGGAGUGAACGGUAUGGGCAGAGGCGUUCACAGAUCGACGAGCGAACUGGACAUGAACAGAUACCACGAUAUUUCCCCAACAAACCAAGAAAAAAGCGACGACAAAAAGAAAAGAGGAAGAUCGCCGUUCAGAUUCUUCUCUAAGAAAAACCGAGAAACGAGCGGUGAUAGGAAAGGGAAGAAAGCGAAAACGCCCGAACCAUCUUCGAGGACCGCAGGCGUGACAACAACAGGGAUGACGCCGCAGGCGAGAUCUGUCGGUUUGUCCAACACGAUGCUGCAGAGGCAGCCGACUAUGAAACAACCUCCGUCGCAGAAUGACAUGCAAGCGGCGAGUGGCCAGGACCGGCAGCAGAAACAGUUAACGAUCACGCAGCCGUCUGACAUCGAGUCUGUCGGCAACGAAAUAUACGACGCCGAAUGUUUGAAGCUUAUCAACGAAUAUUUUUACGGUAUAAGAAUUUUUCCUGGUCAGGAUCCAACGCACACGUACGUCGGGUGGGUUACAACGCAAUAUCAUCUGCACAGCAAGGAUUUCAAUCAGAACCAAGUACUUAAAGCAUCCGUCGUCCUGGCAGAUGAUUACGAAAGAGUGAUAGAUUGCAUCGACCGUCAAUCGUGCUACAUGGUGCGCGCUGACGAGUUGUACAACCAAGUGACUCAGGACGCUUCGGGAAAAGGAGCAGCGCAGGGCAUGUUCAUCGGAUGCUUCUUGGACGCGGCCACCGGAUACAUCACGUUCACCUGCGACGGAAAACCAACCUCGCAUCGAUUCAAGAUGGAACCGGAAACGAAACUGUUCCCUGCGAUAUUUGUAGAGGCGACAAGCAAAGAAGUGUUGCAGAUCGAACUGGGCAGAACAUCAACGACGCUUCCUUUAUCGGCGGCCGUGCUGCAAAACAGCGCCAGGCACGUUACGCCGCAAUUUCCGCCAAGACUGAAGGUGCAAUGCCUGAAACCGCAUCAGUGGGCGAGGGUGCCAAACCAGAGCCUGCAAGUACACGCUUUGAAGCUGUCCGACAUCCGAGGGUGGUCGAUGUUGUGCGAGGACGCCGUGUCGAUGUUGGCGCUGCACAUGCCCGAAGAGGACAGAUGCAUCGACAUCUUGGAACUGAUUGAAAUGGAGAAACUGCUUAGCUUCCACGCGCACACUCUCACGUUGUACGCGGCGCUCUGCUACCAAAGUAACUACAGGGCCGCGCACGUUUUGUGCAAGCAUGUCGAUCAAAAGCAGUUGCUGUAUGCCAUCAAAGCGGAGUACAUGAGCGGCCCGCUCAGACGGGGCUUUUACGAUCUCCUUAUUGCCGUGCACUUGGAAUCCACCGCCACCACUAUGGAGGUUUGCAAGAACGAGUACAUAAUACCAAUCAGUCAGGAAUUGAAAGAUAUGUACGAGGAUCCCGAGAUGUGCCACAGUUUAAGACGACUGAAUGUGGAGUCCGUCCAACCGCAAAUGAAAACAUCCGAAAUCACGGAUGUGAUCGACAAUAUCAAAAACCUGUAUUCGCCGUAUUUCCCUCUGGAAGUUGUCAGAGACUACGUGAUGUCUGCAUUGGCUGAAUCCGUCGAAAUAAACCAAGUGCACAAUAGAGACCCUGUUGGAGGAUCUAACGAGAAUCUAUUCUUGCCUCUAUUGAAGCUAGUCGACCGGCUGCUGCUCGUAGGCAUGCUCUGCGACGAAGACGUCGAGAAGCUGUUGAUCAUGAUAUGUCCCGAAGUGUGGGAUCCUGCGUUCGAACACGAAGGCAAGGACGAGCAUCGCAAAGGGCUGAUGGCGAUGAAAAUGGCCGAGGGAGCGAAGCUGCAAAUGUGCUAUUUGCUACACCAUCUGUGCGACGUUCAGCUGAGGCAUCGCGUCGAAGCCAUCAUCGCGUUCAGCCACGAUUUCGUUGGCGAACUGCAGACCGAUCAGCUGCGCAGAUACAUCGAGAUCAAGCAGUCCGAUUUACCGUCGGCUGUCGCAGCAAAGAAAACGAAAGAGUUCCGUUGCCCGCCCAGAGAACAGAUGAACGCCAUUCUGUGCUUCAAAAAUUUGGAAGACGACGACAAAGAAAACUGCCCGUUGGGCGAAGAUUUGUGCGAAAAGAUGAUCAAUUUCCACAAUUCGCUGAUGGCUCACGUUUCUUUGGCCGCGUUACAAGAACACCAAGAAGAAGAGGAGAACAAAGAUGAGCAAGUUAAACUGGGCCCGAUUAAGAAAUUGUACAAUUUGAUAAAUGCCGUUAAGGAAUUGGAAGAGGAGCCUAAGGAAGAAACCGAGCCUGAAAAGAAAACGCCAGAAGAGACGUUCAGGAAGGUGCUCAUCUCAACCAUCGUUCGGUGGGCGGAGGAAGCUCAGAUAGAGACAUCGAAGCUGGUCCAGGAGAUGUUCUCGUUGCUGGUGCGUCAGUACGAUUCGGUGGGCGAGCUGAUCCGCGCCUUGGAGAAGACGUACAUAAUAAACGCGAAGACGAAAGGCGAUGUUAAAGAGAUGUGGGUGGGUCUAAGUCAGAUUCGCGCUUUGUUGCCCGUCCAGAUGUCGCAAGAGGAGGAAGAAUUGAUGAGGGAACGAUUGUGGAAGCUGGUGAACAACCACACGUUCUUCCAACAUCCGGAUCUGAUCAGGGUGCUGCGCAUCCACGAGAACGUCAUGGCGGUGAUGAUCAACACGCUCGGCAGGCGAUCGCAAGCGCAGAGCGACGCAGGCGCACAACAACAAGCGCAGCAGAACACGGAAGGGGAACCCGUUGCUAAAGAAAAGGAUACCUCUCACGAGAUGGUGGUUGCGUGUUGUCGUUUCUUGUGCUAUUUCUGCAGAACCGGUCGACAAAAUCAGAAGGCGAUGUUCGAGCACUUCGACUUCCUUUUGGACAACAGCAACAUCCUGCUGUCUCGUCCGAGCCUGCGCGGCUCGACACCGCUCGACGUUUCGUAUUCCUCCUUAAUGGAAAACACCGAGUUGGCGUUGGCGUUGCGAGAACAUUAUUUGGAGAAAAUUGCCGUUUACUUGUCCAGAUGCGGCUUGCAAUCGAACUCCGAACUAGUCGAAAAGGGCUAUCCGGACCUUGGUUGGGACCCGGUAGAAGGCGAGCGUUAUCUGGACUUUUUGCGGUUCUGCGUGUGGGUGAACGGCGAAAGCGUCGAAGAAAACGCUAACCUGGUGAUCCGGCUGUUGAUCCGGAGACCGGAAUGUUUGGGGCCGGCAUUGAGAGGAGAGGGUGAAGGAUUGUUGCAGGCCAUAGUCGAAGCUAACAAGAUGUCUGAACGUAUCGCGGACAGGCGGAAGCUGAUGGACGAAGCCGAAGGCACUGUGGUGAACGUGGCGCAGUUCACGCAUCCGCUGCCAGAGGGCGACGACGACGAGGACUACAUCGACACCGGCGCCGCCAUUUUGAACUUCUACUGCACUUUGGUCGACCUUCUCGGCCGGUGCGCGCCAGACGCGGCCGUUAUCGCGCUGGGCAAGAACGAAUCCUUGAGAGCGAGAGCCAUCCUCCGAUCGCUGGUGCCUUUGGAAGACUUGCAAGGCGUGCUCAGCUUGCGUUUCAGCCUGCACAAUCCGGCUGCGGGCGAAGAGCGUCCGAAAUCGGACAUGCCUUCCGGUCUGAUACCCGGACACAAACAGUCGGUGGUUCUUUUCCUGGAAAGAGUGUACGGCAUCGAAACUCAAGAGUUGUUCUUCCGGCUGCUGGAAGAGGCCUUUCUCCCGGACCUCAGAUGCGCCACGAUGCUAGACAGGAACGACGGCAGCGAAUCGGAUAUGGCUCUGAGCAUGAACCGGUACAUCGGCAAUUCGAUCCUACCUUUGCUGAUACAACACAGUCGCUUCUACGCCGAAGCCGAAAACUACGCUUCCCUGCUCGACGCCACUUUGCACACCGUUUACAGGCUGUCGAAGAACCGGAUGUUGACCAAAGGCCAACGAGAGGCCGUCUCCGAUUUCCUGGUCGCGCUCACCAGCCAAUUGCAGCCCGCUAUGUUGCUGAAGCUGUUGCGCAAACUCACCGUCGACGUCUCGAAUCUGUCCGAAUACACGACGGUCGCUUUGAGGCUGCUCACGUUACAUUACGACCGAUGCGCCAAAUAUUACGGCACCACAUCCGGACAAGGACUAUACGGAUCGUCGAGCGAUGAAGAGAAACGGCUGACGAUGAUGCUCUUCUCGAACAUUUUCGAUUCUCUGAGCAAAAUGGAUUACGAUCCGGAGUUGUUCGGCAAAGCACUGCCUUGUUUGACCGCCAUCGGUUGCGCGCUUCCUCCCGACUACUCACUAUCGAAGAACUAUGACGACGAAUGGUACACUAACAAAUCAACGUCGUCAAGUGGUGCGACCGGACCAGAUGGCCCGUACAAUCCGCAGCCGAUCAAUACUUCUUCGGUGGUGUUGAGCAAUGAUUUGAACAACAUCGUACAGCAAUUCUCCGAGCACUAUCACGACGCGUGGGCGAACAGGAAGCUGGAGAACGGUUGGCAAUACGGAGAGACAUAUUCCGGUUGGGAUGGCAACAAAACACAUCCCAGGCUUAAACCUUACUCCAUGCUCAACGAUUACGAGAAAGAACGUUACAAGGAGCCGGUGCGCGAGUCUGUGAAAGCGUUGCUGGCGAUAGGGUGGACGGUGGAGCACACGGAGGUGGAGCUGGCUUCGGCGAGGGGCGGCGCUCAGCAAAGGGGCGGCGAAGGGGGCGGCGCGUCCGCGUUCAAUUACAACCCGCGCCCCGUCGACAUGACCAACUUGACAUUGUCCAGGGAGAUGCAGAAUAUGGCCGAGCGAUUGGCGGAGAACGCGCACGACAUUUGGGCGCGGAAAAAGAAGGAGGAGCUGAACACGUGCGGCGGGGCGUUGCAUCCGCAACUGGUGCCGUACGAUCUGCUCACCGAUAAGGAGAAGAAAAAGGAUAGAGAACGAUCGCAGGAGUUCCUUAAAUACCUUCAGUACAUGGGAUUCAAGUUGCACAGACCGAAUCGCGGCGGGCAACAAGAACAGGAACAGUCGACGGCCGGUCCGUCGGUGGAGUUGCGUUUCGCAUACAGUCUUUUGGAAAAGUUGAUCCAGUAUCUGGACCGCGCCACGAUCAACAUGAAACUGCUGAAACCGUCGCAGACUUUCAGCAGACGCACCUCGUUCUGCACCUCGUCCAGGGACAUCAAGUUUUUCUCGAAAGUCGUUUUGCCUUUGAUGGAAAAGUACUUUUCGACGCACCGGAAUUAUUUCAUCGCCGUCGCGACGGCCACGAACAACAUAGGCGCGGCCAGUUUGAAAGAAAAGGAAAUGGUGGCGGCGCUAUUCUGCAAAUUGGCCAAUCUGCUCAGGUCGCGAUUGGCUGCCUUCGGAGCUGAUGUUAGGAUCACUGUCAGAUGUUUGCAGGUGCUAGUUAAAGGCGUAGAUGCGAAAUCGUUAGUGAAAAAUUGUCCCGAGUUCAUCAGAACUUCAAUGUUGACCUUUUUCAAUAAUACGGCCGACGAUUUGGGACACACCAUCAUCAAUUUGCAGGAUGGAAAAUAUAGCCAUUUGCGAGGCACACAUUUGAAGACGUCCACCUCUUUGUUCUACGUAAAUGCGGUUUUGCUGCCCAUUUUGACGUCGCUAUUCGAUCAUCUGGCUUAUUGCGAAUACGGCAGUGACUUGUUGCUGGACGAAAUUCAAGUAGCCUCUUACAAGAUUCUGCAGGCUCUGUACACGUUGGGCACCGAUCCGACGCUGCAUCAUGACCGAAAAUAUCUAAAGACCGAAAUGGAAAAAUACAGACCGUCGUUAGGAUCGUGUUUGGGCGCGUUUAGUUCGACUUUUCCUGUCGCAUUCUUGGAACCGCAUCUCAACAAAAACAACCCGUUCUCUUUGCUCAACAGGAUCGCCGAUCACUCUUUGGAAGCCCAAGAUAUAAUGGCGAAAAUGGAAAGCGCCAUGCCUACUUUGGAGACGAUACUUUCCGAAGUGGAUCAAUUUGUGGAAAGCGAAAAAACGUACAACGAUGCGCCGCACAUUAUCGACGUCAUCAUGCCCAUGUUAUGCUCCUAUCUGCCGUUUUGGUGGUCGCAAGGACCCGAUAAUGUCAGCCCAACCGGAGGGUCCCACGUGUCGAUGGUAACAGCCGAGCACAUGAAUCAGCUGCUGAAGAAUGUGUUGAAGCUGAUCAAAAAGAAUAUCGGCAACGAAAGCGCGCCGUGGAUGACCAGAAUAGCGGCGUACACGCAACAGAUUAUAAUAAAUAGUAGCGAGGAAUUGCUGAAAGAUCCGUUCUUGCCGCUGGCCGAAAGAGUAAAGAAAAGGACCGAGACGAUGUUUCACAAGGAGGAGAGCAUGAGAGGAUUCAUCAAGAGCGCUUCAGAUGACACGUCGCAGAUUGAGACGCAAAUCCAGGAAGAUUGGCAUCUGUUGGUGCGCGAUAUUUACUCGUUCUACCCGCUGUUGAUCAAGUACGUCGAUCUGCAGAGGAACCAUUGGCUGAGGCACAACAUUCCAGAAGCGGAAGACUUGUACAAUUGCGUAGCGGAAAUAUUCAAUAUUUGGUCGAAAUCUCAAUAUUUCUUGCGCGAAGAACAAAACUUCAUAUCGGCCAACGAAAUCGACAAUAUGGUGUUGAUCAUGCCUACGGCGACCAGAAGACCGGUCGUGCCUGAUGGGACGCAGACUUCCGGCGGAAAGAAAAAGAAGAAACAUCGCGACAAGAAGCGAGAUAAAGAAAAGGAGAUUCAAGCGUCUCUGAUGGUGGCGUGCUUGAAACGUCUCCUGCCAGUCGGAUUGAAUUUGUUCGCUGGUAGAGAACAGGAACUAGUACAGCAUUGCAAAGAUCGAUUCUUGAAGAAAAUUCCUGAGUACGAGAUCGUCGAGUUUGCGAAAACCCAAUUAACGUUACCGGACAAGAUCGACCCGGCAGACGAAAUGUCCUGGCAGCAUUACUUGUACAGUCAACUUGGUAGCAAGAAGAGCGUCUCGGUCAACGUGGUCGACAAUAAUGGCAAGAAUUUGUUGGAGGAGACCGUUGAAAGGAUUCUUGCUAUGAGCAAAGUUUUGUAUGGGCUUCAUAUGAUCGAUCACCCGCAACAACAACAGAAGGGCGUUUACAGAAGCGUCGUUUCCACGCAAAGGAAGCGCGCUGUACUAUCUUGCUUCCGGCAAGCUUCUUUGCACAGUUUGCCAAGUCUGCGAAGCCGAAAAAUAGCCGGGACGGUUGGAAGAGAGUCCUGGGAGCUGCUAGAAAACGAGCGGCUCUCGCCUGCCUCCGGAUGACGCCCAUUUAUAAACUGAGCAGGCAUCGUGCUAUAAACAUAUUCAUCCGCACGUAUCGAGACUUUUGGUUGCAAGACGAGAAUGUCGGACAAGAGGUGAUGAUUGAAGAUCUUACUCAAAGUUUCGAAGAUUCCGAAGCAAAGAAGGAUGCCGAGGAAGAAGAAGGCAAACCGGACCCGUUGACUCAGCUUGUGACUACUUUCUGUAGAGGUGCAAUGACUGAACGGUCUGGAGCAUUGCAGGAGGAUCCUCUGUAUAUGAGUUACGCGGAGAUAAUUGCCAAGUCUUGCGGCGAGGAGGAAGAGGAAGGGGAAGAGGAAGAAGGCGGGGGAGGGGAAGGAGAAGAGGGGGCAUCCUCCAUACAUGAACAGGAAAUGGAGAAGCAAAAGUUGCUGUUUAACCAGGCUCGUUUGGCGAACCGCGGCGUUGCCGAAAUGGUCCUGUUGCACAUCAGCGCGUGCAAAGGCGUUCCGUCCGAGAUGGUGAUGAAAACGUUGCAGUUGGGCAUCUCGAUUCUGCGGGGCGGCAACAACGAGAUACAAAUGGGCAUGUUGAACCAUCUGAAAGAAAAGAAGGACGUCGGCUUCUUCACGAGUAUCGCCGGAUUGAUGAACAGCUGCGGGGUGCUCGACUUGGACGCUUUCGAGAGGAACACCAAGGCAGAGGGUCUCGGCGUUGGAUCAGAAGGUGCCGCUGGUGAGAAAAACAUGCACGACGCAGAAUUUACAUGUGCUCUUUUCCGAUUCAUACAACUGACCUGUGAAGGCCACAAUUUGGAGUGGCAAAACUAUCUACGUACUCAAGCCGGAAACACGACUACGGUAAACGUGGUCAUCUGCACUGUGGAUUAUCUGCUAAGAUUGCAAGAGUCUAUCAUGGAUUUUUAUUGGCACUAUUCCAGCAAGGAACUGAUCGACCCAGCGGGUAAGGCGAAUUUCUUCAAAGCCAUCGGCGUAGCUAGUCAAGUGUUUAACACGCUCACCGAAGUGAUCCAGGGACCGUGUCCGUUGAAUCAACAGGCAUUGGCUCAUUCCAGAUUGUGGGACGCUGUAGGCGGUUUCCUAUUUCUCUUCUCGCAUAUGCAAGAUAAGCUGUCGAAGCAUUCCAGUCAAGUGGAUCUGCUGAAGGAGCUGCUAAAUCUGCAGAAGGACAUGAUUACGAUGAUGCUGUCGAUGCUCGAGGGCAACGUGGUGAACGGCACCAUCGGCAAACAGAUGGUUGACACGCUCGUCGAGAGCGCUUCUAACGUUGAACUGAUCCUCAAGUACUUCGAUAUGUUCCUCAAACUUAAGGACCUCACCUCGUCCACCUCUUUCCAGGAGAUCGACAUCAACAACGACGGAUGGGUUUAUCCGAAGGAUUUCAAAGAGAAAAUGGAACAGAGCAAGAGCUAUACACCGGAAGAAAUCGAAUUCCUGUUGGCGUGUUGCGAGACUAACCACGACGGAAAAUUGGACUAUAUCGGUUUCAUCGACCGCUUCCACGAACCGUCCAAGGAGAUCGGCUUCAAUUUGGCCGUUUUGUUGACGAAUCUGUCCGAGCACAUGCCGAACGAACCCCGGCUGGCGAGAUUCCUGGAAACGGCCGGAUCCGUUCUCAACUAUUUCGAACCGUUCCUCGGACGCAUCGAAAUCAUGGGCAGCAGCAAACGUAUCGAACGCGUAUACUUCGAAAUUAAGGAGUCCAACAUCGAACAGUGGGAAAAACCGCAAAUCAAAGAAUCGAAACGCGCUUUCUUCUAUUCGAUCGUAACCGAAGGUGGCGACAAGGAAAAGUUGGAAGCGUUCAUAAACUUCUGCGAGGACGCGAUCUUCGAAAUGCAGCACGCGAGCGGAUUGAUGGCGGUCGAAGAGGCGGGCGGCACCGGCCCGGCUCGAUCGACCAGUUACAGUUACAUGACGGCGGAAGAUGAAGACCGCGCUUCGAGGAAUCCGCUGCAGAGGGCGUACGGAGCGUUCAAAGACGGCCUCUCGUACGGCCUGUCGUCGCUCAGCCCGUCCAACGUCAAACAUAAAAUAGCCGAAAUGCAACAGAUGACCUUCGGCGAACUCUUCUUGGGCUUCUUCCGAUUGAUCUUUUACGCGUUCUAUUAUUCCGGCUUCGGAGUGGCCGUGAUCAUCAAAUAUUUUUUGGGUAUUUUGAUGUCGCUGAUGAGAGGCCCCGUCGUGGAGGAGGUGGUCGAAGUGGUACAAGAGGAGAAGGCCGGUCCGUUGAGGGUGUUGCCAUCGCUGCCCGCUUCUACGGACGAGCAGCAGCAGCAACAGAUGCAAGCGUUCGGACUAGAUAUCGCCAAAGAGGAUAAUGGACAAUUCAAGAUGGCUGCUCAUGAAUCUCCAACGGGUAGUCAACCGUCAUCUGGCGAUGGUGAAACGACUCCGGAAGAAGGUGGCGAUCAUGCCGAAGCGGAAUCUACAGAACAACAACAACCACCGCUUUCCUUGCAAGAUUUACUGGGUGGCGAGCAGGCGAAGCGCGCUCAGCAGGAGAAAAUGGAGGCACAAGCGGCGCAACAGGCGGCAAUGCAAGCGAUCGAAUCAGAAAGCAAACAAACAACGUCUGCGGAACCGUCGGCGGUGUCUCAGAUCAACUUCGCCGCGUACGGACACAGGGCCGUCUCGUUCUUGGCCAGGAACUUUUACAACUUGAAGUACGUCGCGCUGGUGCUGGCAUUUUGCAUCAAUUUCAUGCUGCUCUUUUAUAAGGUGUCAAGUUUGAGCGAUGGCUCGGAGGGUAGCGGGAGCGGAAAAGGCGGCGGUGUCAUUCCGGACAUUUUGGAGGGAUCCGCAGGUGCGAUGGAGGGUAGCGGAGGCUCCGGAUCCGGAGAAUCCGGGGAAGAGGAUGAACCGCCCGAGUUCGUACACGUCGACGAGGAUUUCUUCUACAUGACGCACGUGAUGCGAUUGGCCGCGCUCUUGCAUUCGAUCGUCUCGUUGGCGAUGCUCAUCGCGUAUUAUCAUCUAAAAGUGCCGUUGGCCAUUUUCAAAAGAGAGAAGGAAAUCGCAAGACGGCUCGAGUUCGAGGGACUCUACAUCGCAGAGCAGCCCGAAGACGACGAUCUCAAGUCGCAUUGGGACAAGCUGGUUAUAUCGGCCAAGUCGUUCCCCGUCAAUUACUGGGACAAAUUUGUAAAGAAGAAAGUUAGGCAGAAAUACAGCGAAACGUAUGAUUUUGAAUCGAUCAGCAAUCUGCUAGGCAUGGAAAAAACAUCAUAUCAUCAGCAAGAAGUUGAAGAGAAGAAAAGCCUUAUAUCUUUGAUAAUAAACAUCGACUGGCGGUACCAGAUUUGGAAAGCGGGCGUGACCAUUACCGACAACUCGUUCCUGUAUUCUUUGUGGUACUUCACCUUCUCCAUUCUGGGAAACUUCAACAACUUCUUCUUCGCUGCCCAUCUGCUGGACGUCGCCGUCGGUUUCAAGACGUUGCGCACGAUUUUGCAGUCGGUGACGCACAACGGAAAACAGCUCGUCCUCACCGUGAUGUUGCUCACCAUCAUCGUUUACAUUUACACUGUGAUCGCUUUCAACUUUUUCCGCAAGUUUUACGUGCAGGAAGAGGACGAGUCCGUCGACAAGAAGUGCCACGACAUGCUCACGUGUUUUGUGUUCCAUCUGUACAAGGGUGUCAGGGCAGGCGGAGGUAUCGGCGACGAAAUCGAACCGCCAGAUGGAGACGAGUACGAAGUUUAUCGCAUCAUGUUCGAUAUCACUUUCUUCUUUUUUGUAAUCGUCAUUCUGUUGGCCAUUAUUCAAGGUUUGAUCAUCGAUGCUUUUGGCGAGCUGAGAGACCAGCUAGAAAGCGUCAAGGAUGACAUGGAAUCGAACUGUUUCAUUUGUGGAAUUGGAAAGGAUUAUCUAGAUAAAGUGCCGCACGGAUUUGAUACGCACGUUCAGCAAGAACAUAACCUUGCUAAUUACAUGUUCUUCCUGAUGCACCUGAUCAACAAGCCGGACACAGAAUACACUGGCCAAGAGACGUACGUAUGGAACAUGUAUCAACAGCGAUGUUGGGACUUCUUUCCGGUGGGCGACUGCUUCAGGAAGCAAUACGAAGACGAACUGGGAGGCGGUGGCGGCGGCAGUUGAACGACAAACACUGAUACUGAGGCUGCUUAUCAUCCCACUUUCUUAAAUACAGUCUCACACACACACAACUACACACACACACAGACAGUCAACGACAGCAUGUACUCAUGUUUCAAAUUAUAUUUUGUUAAAUAUGAUGACGUAGAAAGACAAUAAAUGUCUAAUUUAUUUAA